AUGGCGAAACUAAUGCCAUUAACACUGGACAAAGAAUCAUUCUCCCAAAGAGCUUUACUAGUGGUCCAAGAUUUGAUGAUAUCAGAAGUCCAAAUAAAAGAUAUUAUACUUGCAAAAAUUGAAGAUUUGCUCCAGUCAAAUGGCAAGUCUUUGAAAGAAUAUUGUGAAAUGUCAUAUCCUCCAGAAAAUUUGGUGUCCAUCUUAGAAGACAGAAUUAUAAUGAAAGAGUUGAACUUUGACGUUAAUGCUCUUGCGAGUGAACUAGGUGAGUAUUUAGAAAAGCUAAUUGAUGAGCAAAAAUUUACAUACGAUCAAAUAAUUGGUGCUGUUAGCGGUAAUAUGGGUGGACUUUUCUUCUUAUAUGGUCAAGGUGGUUGUGGAAAAAUAUUCUUAUGGUCAACUAUAUCAUGCUCAAUUAGGGCUAAAGGAGGUAUAGUUUUAAAUAUUACUUCGAGUGGGAUUGCUACACUUCUGUUGACUAAUAGAAGAACUGCACAUUCAAGGUUUAAAAUUCCUUUGACCAUAAAUGAAGAUUCUUUGUGUAGCAUUAAACAGGGAAGUCCUCUUGCAAGGUUAAUAACUAAGGCCAAAUUAAUCAUAUGGGAUGAAGCUUCAAUGAUAAGUAAGUAUUGUUAUAAAAUUUUAGACAAAUGCCUCAGAGACAUCUUGAGGUGUUCAGAUUCGUAUAAUGCUCAUUUACCAUUUGGAGGUAAAGUUAUUAUUUUCGAAGGAGAUUUUAGACAAAUUUUAUCUGUGAUUCGCAGAGACUCAAGACAAGAUAUAAUUCAGUCUUCUAUUAAUUCUUCAUAUUUGUGGCAUAACUGUAAGGUUCUGAAACUUACAAAAAAUAUGAAAUUGUCACUGGGUGAAAACAACAACAUACAAGAACUCAUAAAUUUUGCAGAAUGGCUACUCAACAUCGGUGAUGAUUUGGCUGGUGAUACAAUAGAUGGUGAAUCGAUCGUUCGUAUACCAUCUGACAUUUUGGUUAAGAACUCUGAGAUAGCUUUGGAUGGCCUCAUUGAUUUUCUGUAUCCAGAUAUAUUAUCUAAUUUAUCCGUUGAAAAUUAUUUUAAGGAUAGAGCAAUUCUUGCACCAACUUUGGAUUGUGUCACUGAUGUCAACAACAAGAUGACUGCAGAGUUACCUACUUACCUGGACAAGAAAGAGUCUACUUAA